UUAAAUUCAUAAUCUCCACCUCAUCCAUCUCUCUUUUCACUCUGUUCUUGCCAUUCUGGACCUCCGAAUCCGACGCGUCUCCCUCCCUACUUCUCGCACGGUCGCACCUGCUCCUACCGUGACAACGACGACGGCGGCGAGAUAUUUCCAUCAUUUGGACUCAAGACUUUAAACAAGUACAACAUGUUUAUGCUUCCAACCUGAUCUCAGAGUAUUGUUAAUAAUCUUGGAAUAAAGAAGGUGACUUCUUGUAGUGCUGGUAGUAGCAAAUUAAGUUGGUCGCGUUCCAUUAUAUAUACCCGGGCACCGGCACGGGCGCCAGCCAUGUCACACGACACAGCGCGCCCCGUCGCAGGCCAAGAAGCCCCCGGUCGGAGCAUCGACGACGUCGCUGGCAGCAAGGAGUGCCUGUUCUGCGAGAUGACGCGGCAGCACCACCCGCAGUGCGCGCGACGGCUGCCGAAGCGGAUCAUCCUGGUCCGGCACGGCGAGAGCCAGGGGAACCUGGACAUGUCGGCGUACACCACCACGCCGGACUACCGCAUCCCGCUCACGACGCUGGGCGCCGAGCAGGCGCGCGCGGCGGGGCGGCGCAUCCGGGACGUGGUGGCGUCGGACGCCGGCGCCAGCUGGAAGGUCUACUUCUACGUGUCCCCCUACGCGCGCACGCGCGCCACGCUGCGGGAGAUCGUCGGCGCGUUCCCCCGCGACCGCGUCAUCGGCGUCCGCGAGGAGUGCCGCGUCAGGGAGCAGGACUUCGGCAACUUCCAGGUCGAGGAGCGGAUGCGCGCCGUCAAGCAGACCCGCGAGCGCUUCGGCCGGUUCUUCUUCCGCUUCCCCGAGGGCGAGUCCGCUGCCGACGUCUUCGACCGUGUCGCCAGUUUCUUGGAGUCUCUGUGGCGGGACAUCGACAUGGGUAGGCUGGAGCAGGACGCGAGCUGCGAGACCAACCUGGUGAUCGUGUCGCACGGGCUCACGUCGCGGGUGUUCCUCAUGAAGUGGUUCAAGUGGACGGUGGACCAGUUCGAGCGCCUCAACAACUUCGACAACUGCGAGUUCAGGGUGAUGCAGCUGGGGCCAGGCGGGGAGUACUCCCUCCUCGUCCACCACACCAAGGAGGAGCUCGAGCAGUGGGGCCUCUCGCCGGAGAUGAUCGCUGACCAGCAGUGGCGCGCCUCCGCCAACCGUCGGAGCUGGGCCGAGGAGUGCUCUUCGUUCAUCGCGACCUUCUUCGACGACCCCCAGGAUCCGGACAGCAGCCAGGAGGACGAGGAAGAGAAUGGCAAGGCCAAGUUAUUGGAGUAAUUCACUCGCUCUUUCAUAGACUCGUUGAAAUUCUUUCAAUUUCGUAGUGUUUUCUUUUACUAUGGAGUGAUGUAGUCGUUUCCUGUUCAAUUUGUAACUUGUUCAUAGUGGCUGGGCACUGAAAUACUAUGAUUUGGGGGGAGUUCAGCAAAUAGAAGUACUCAAAUUGAGAGCAUAACAUUUGAGUAAGAUAUAUCUAUGUGGAGGUUUUGGUUUCAGUUU